AAAGAAGAAGAAGAACCCAAGAAACGUGAGAGACUAGGAGAGAAGGCGAAGAAGAAGAAGAAAAAAAAAAAAAAGAGAAAAUGAAAUUGGUUUGGUCUCCGGAAACAGCAUCCAAGGCUUAUAUCGACACCGUCAAAUCGUGCGAGAAUCUUGAAACGCCGGAUGCGGCGGAGCUAAUAGCAGCGAUGGCGGCGGGAUGGAACGUGAAGCUGAUUGUUGAAACUUGGUCAGACGGAGACGGAAUAGCUUUAAGUAUCGGCUUAAACGUAGCGAGCCAACACGCAAACGCUAAACACAUAUGUAUAGUACAAAACUCGAGAUCAGAGUCUGCUUAUCUCCAAGCCAUUCAAGAAUCAUCUUCAUCUCCCUUGAACUUACCAGAGACAAUCGUCGCUGAAGAACCCGAAAAGGCCAUGAAGGAGCUACAAGGAAUCGAUUUCUUGGUCGUUGAUUGGCGGAACAAGGAGUUCGCAGCUGCUGCGUUGAGGAACGCUGCGUUUGGAAACAGAGGAGCGGUUGUGGUUUGUAGAAACGGGUGUUCGAGCUUGAGACGGGUUUUGAGAGACCGGAACGUUGUUAGGACGGUGACUCUCCCGGUCACCGGAGGUAUUGAGAUUGCUCAUAUUGCGGCUAGGAACUCAUCAGGGAAGAGUGAGAAUAGAAAGAGGAGAUGGAUCACACAUGUUGAUCAGAGAUCAGGAGAAGAACAUGUGUUUAGUAUCUAGAAAGUAAUAGACAGAUACAAUUGUGAGACAUAGUUUAUUGGAUCUUAAUGUAUAUGUAUUUGUACAUAUGAUUCCAUAGAUGUCCUUGUAAUUGGGGAAAAACAUGUUUGUCUUAUAAAUGUGAUCGUUGUUAUGUAAAGAAAGCUUACAUGUGUUAACAGAUUAAGCAAAACUAGUGUCUCUGUCUCU